AUGUCAGACGAUCCGUCUUCCUCCUCAUCAUCGACAGCUGCCGCUCAACCAACGUCAAGCCUUCCCGGCCAUUCGACAUCUGAUCCGACGACUGAAGAGAUCCGCCGGCAAGUCGAGAACGAGCAAGCUCUGACGGACUCGCGACGGAGGAUCACAGAGCUAAAGGAGGAGUUGAGGAAAGCUGUAGAGGAGAAGCAGGCUCUACAGGAUGAUCGACAAGGAGUCGCCUCGGAGAGUGCACAAUUACGGACGCAGCUCGCAGCUCUCCAGUCGACGCAUCACAAAUCAGCAUCCGAGCUGACCGUCCUCCAGACACGUGUCGAAGCGGUCGAGAGAGAAAAGCGGGAACUCAUAGAAGAGACCGAGAGACUGCAGCAGCGAUCCAAUCGUAUCACUCAGGACCUCUUUACACUACGGUCACAGCGACAGGACAGCUCACAGAAGCUGGCGCACCUUGAAGUCGAGGUUUCCGAGCUACGCAUGGCGGCGGAGUCCUCAAAAUUCAACGAGCAACGUAGUGCGCAGGCCCUGCAGACGGCCCGCAACGAGAUAUUGCAGCUCAACAAAUCUGUGGCUGAUGUCGAUGAGAGAUUUGCAAAGUAUCGGGCGGAGAAGUCCUCUGAGCUAUCUCAGCUCCAGCUCGAACAUGACACCAUCGUCUCCCGCCUGACAUCCACUGACCAUCUCUACCAUGCCCUUCAACGAACCUACAACGACCAGUCUAAACGUCUUGCUGAGGCUCAUGAGAACAUACGUGCACUUACGGACGCUGCUGCCAAUCGGAAGAUUUCCACAUCGAGCGAAUUCGCUAGGUUGAUGGAGGAGAACAGGAUACUAAAAAAGAGGGCAGAGGAAGCUCGCUCGACAAUCACAGAACGAGAGGCCGAAUUAGAGCGUGUGGCGGAUUCAGCAGGUGAAAAGACCCGAGUCUGGGAAGAAAAGUGGAAGAAGGAAGAGCGGCUGCGUAGGGAAGCCGAGAAGCGGGCAGAGGACCUCCAAAUCGUCGUCGAGAGACUCGCUAUGGCUGGAGGAGAGGGUUCCGAUCUGAGUCCCGCUGCUGCUCUUGCGACUGGAAUGAAGCAGAGUGGAAAGACGUACACUCAGUUCUACACCGACUAUACCAUUCAAGAGGGCAAGCUGAGGGCCGCGGAGAACGAGGUCUCCAGAUUGACUCAGCUCUUAGACGAGAUCAGUGCGGACAUCAGCGAAAAGAAACCGCUACUUGAUGAACAAGCUGCCGAACACGCCCGUGCCAUAGAACGGGCAAACGCUCUGGCUCUAGAGCUGGCUUCUGUCAUGUCGGCCCGGGAUGCCCGAGACGUGGAGCUCCGAUCGCUGAACGCUUCUUCCUCGCUGCACAAGGACGAAGUUGCUUCGCUGACGUCUACGACUGAGGAUCUCUCUCGACAAGUUCAGACCCUUUUGCGUCAAAUUGCCAUCCGAGAUGAUCCCUCUUUAGCAUCUCAAACGAUGGAUGGCAAUGCUACAGUCUCGGAGACUGGAGACCUGGUCACCGACUACUUCGUCGAAUUCAAGUCGAUCCGAUCUCUGCAGCAGCAGAACCAGAAACUUUUGAAACUCACUCGAGGGCUGAUGGCCAAACUGGAUGCGCAAGAGAUAGAUAGAGCCGGAGCCGAUGCUGAGGACCUCGAAACCGGAGCGACUUUAGAACAGGCCACAGAAACAAUCACCAAACUCCACGCUCAACUUUUGGAUGCUCAGAAGAAGAUCAAUGAGGCGACGAGGGAACGAGACUUUUUUUCAAAGCUCUUGGCUCGGGGUGAUGGUCUCAAAUGGUCUUCUCCGUCUGGCGGACCAUUAGAGGACGGGUCAGCACCACAUGAACAGGCUCUGACAACACUGCAAGUAGAGAUCGAGUCGAUACGUUUAAAGGCAGAGCAAGAUAUCAGUGAUGCACGGGAGCAGCUACGGACGAAGAGCGAAGAAGCUGGUCAGGCGGAGAUUGCCAAGGUCAGAGCAGAGGCACAGAUCUCCAUGUUGCAAGAACAACAUCGUAUGAUGACCGAUGCGAACGCCUUGCAGAAGCAAGAGCUGAGUGGUCUACAUGACGAGAUGAGAAAGUUACACGAGAGCAUCGCUGUGGCAGGUGUGGAGAGGAGACUGGCUUUGGAGCAGGUGGCGUCACGUCAAGGCGAAGCAGACAGGCUGCGCAAUGAUCUGGCGAACCUUCGAGCGGAGAAGGAGCAAUUGGCGAGCACCGAAGCUAGACUUCAAUCCGAUUUCCGAUCGGUCCAAUCGGAGCGAGCACGACUCCAGCAACUCAUUGACAACCUACAGACUGUCAACAGCGAACAUGAGAAGACUCGAGCGGAAGACCGGGCAAGGUUGGAGAGACGCGUAGAGGAGGUUGAGAGGAACAUGUCUACUCUUAGAAGUCAAUUGGAUGCUGCCAAGGAAGCCACGGCAGCUGCCGAAAAACGAGCGGACGAUAUUCAACCUAGGAUCGACGCCGCUACAGCUUUCGUCCGAGCUGAGAAAUCGGCUGCUGAAGCACAGGUCCAAGCGCUUACGAGCGAGAUUGCGACCCUCAAGGAAGAGCUGGAGAAAGUUAAAGCCGAAUCUGAGAAGCGAAUGCGCAUUGGUCUCAGCCAUCAACGUCGUGCGAAUGACAUGAUGGCUGAGAAGAAGCGGAACGAAGAAGCUCUGUCAAGCAAGGACACAGAGAUUGCAGAGCUCACUGAGAAAGUGGGAGCCGCGACCAAGGAGCUGGACGAGGUCAAGGGCAAGGUUGCAGAGGCGGAGAAGAAAUUGGUGGAUGUAGAGCGAGGAAGUACGCUAAAAGACGCGACGGUGUCGAGGCUACAGAGCGAGCUGGCCAAGGCGCAGUCAGGGGCGAGUGUGGCAUCUGGGGACAGCUCAACUAUCACCGCACUCAGGACCGAGAAGGAGUCAUUGCAGCAGAAGCUGGCUCAAGCGGAGAAAGAUCUCGCUGAGGCCAAGGCGGUUGCGUCUGCGGCUGCUCCGACUGGGCAAUCCACUAGCUCGGACCUUCAAGCGAGGGUCCAAGAACUUGAGAAGGAUAAGGAGGCGUAUGACCAGAAAUACGAAGAAAAUAUCACAAAGGUUAAUCGGGUCAAUGCCAGCCUUUCACAGCGCCUUCGGACGGUCGACGAGAUUCGAGUCUCGUUGGAGGCGAAAAUCGCCGAUCUCGAGAAACAGAUCUCCGAGCAUCAAGCUGGAGCUACCGGUCAACCUGGAACCGCCAGCAGUGGACCACCCGAUCAAUCAGCCAUUGAUGCAGCUGUCAAAUCUGCGGUUUCUGCCCGAGAGGCUGAACUGGAGGCUGAGCAUUCCAAAGCUCUCGCAGCCGCGCGGUCCGAGAACAUAUCCAUCAAAGCGGAUCCCUCAGAGUCCAUGGACGCUCAGCGCGCUCAACUCGAAUCAUCCUUUUCGAAACGCGUUGAUGAUGCUGUAGCGGCUCAAAAGGCCGAACUGGAGAAACAGGUCAAUGAUUUGAAUGGACAAGUAGCGACUCUAGAGACCAAAGUCAAGACGCUGGAACGCCAGAUCAAGACUGCCGAAAUCUCUCGAAAGACGAUCGAAAGGCAACGAGCGGAUCUAGAGAGCAAAUUGAAGAAAUAUGAAGGAGAGGGGUCAUCGGCCUCUGCUACACCUGCAUCAUCUGGCGCCUCGGGGUUGUCGGCCGGUGCACCCGCGUUCCAACCUGGAGAUUCGGCUCAGACUCCCACUUCUCAGCCCCCCACCGCUGCCGGUGCAUCUGUUAUGCCCGCUCCAGCUGGCUCGUCACCUGCUUCCAUCCGUGGCAAAGGGCGUGCUACGCGAGGGACAGGAAGAGGGGGAAAAGCGAAUACAGUGUUAAGUGCUGUCAACGCUACACUGGCUCAGACUGGUACUCCUUCCACACCAGCAGCGACAGGGACCAAAAGGCCCGCUCCGGAAGACGGAGAGAUUGCCGAGGACGCGAGCGGAGCAGCAUCGGAAUCAACAGCAGCCAGUAGCACAGGAGCAUCCAUCUUGCAACGGAUAGCUCCUGCCGCUGUUGGAGGGGCUAGUGGAGCUGGACCACCUGCUGGUGCAGGAGGUGCUGGUGCCACGCCUGGCGGUACGAGACAGUUGAAGCGACCUCGAGGGCUUGGAGGCGGUCGAGGCGGUGCGCCCCCCGGUGCAGGAGGAGCUGGUGUCGCCGCUUCGGGGUCAUCAGCGGCCACGACGGCGGCGACGAGCACAGAGACUAAUACGGGUGGAAAGGAUGAACAGAACGGCAAUGGCAAUGGCGCAAGUGGUAGCGGGGCAGGCGAAGGUACAGGAGGAGGAGGAGCUGGAGGUGAAGGGUCAGGGACAGGGACAGGGACAGGGAUAGGAUCGUCAUGA